AUUUCUCUAUUCAACCCAAAGCCAUCAAAAUAAUAUUUCAUGUACUUACCGUGGAGCAGUUUUAUGUAGGAGUUCGGGGCAUAAUACUACGAUGAAAACUCGACAUCAGAAUUGUGAAACUUAGUAGCUUUCCUAGACAAGCCAAUGAUAUUUCGAAUUUCUUGAAAAUAAGUCAUUUCUGGGCAAGAAAAACGUUGCUAACUGAUAAAACGUCUAGAGAAUUUCUCCCUUUACAAAGCAUUUUCUUUAUUUAAAUCUACUUAUUCUUUCCUAAAAUGAUCAUAGUUGACGUAGAAAAAAAGUUUUGUGUGCGUGAUCUUUAAGUAUUCAAUUUGUUGUCACAUUCCAGCAAAUUAUAGAUUUAGUUGAAAGCCGUCUUCUUUGUUAUGUAUUGUUUACCAAAUUUUGUUCUUACGAUAAACAGAUUGAACUAUAAACAAGAUCAAUUACGUGCUGCAACUGAAUCUUCUGAGAAAUAUAGCAAUGAUUCUCUCACUUGCUCAUAAUCACUUGUUUUUUCUUUGCAUCAACUUCUCCUUAUCUACAAUAUAUAGUUUGAAUCUAUACUACACUGAUCAAUAUGAUAAUCCAACAUCACUGCAGUAUGAUUGUCUUGACUACUAUGUUGAAAACGAUAUUGUUUCAUAUGAUAAUCCGGAACCACUGGACCUUCAACUGAUUGCCUACUGUAUACGGUUAGAAAAUCUAAGUGAACUCUCAAAAACUCUUCCCGCUAAACAUUUAAUCAAGGGACGUAGUUUUACUUUUAAUGAUCUUAAAAAUCAAAACAUAACAGGAGAACAAUUGCUUGAUUGGACAGCAACCAUUGAACUCGUUGAGCGCUAUGAAGCCCAUUUAGUUGGUGAUUCAACGACAAAUGGAUCCGAUCUUUAUUAUAAUUGUACAAAUGAUUGGUUUGGCAAUGCUUGUGAAUAUUCAUUUUAUCGAGCAAAAGACAAAAGAACAUUAGUAGACGUUGUCUACGAUACAUUUAAUGAGAAAAAAUUUGCUUCACCUGAAUAUGUGCCGUGUUACAAACUGUUGGAGUGUAAACGUAGCCCAUCAGCGCUUUGCCUCGAUUGGCGUGAAAUUUGUGAUGGAAAAAUCGAUUGUCUUAACAAUGGAAUAGACGAAGAAAACUGUUGGCAACUUGAAAACUCUAAUGCAUUUAUAAAUAGUAAAAAUGAAUUUCUGUGUCAUAAUGGAAUGCAAAGUAUUUCAACAAGUUUUUAUCGGAAUGGUCUCUAUAAUCCAGAUUGUAUAGAUCGAACUGAUGAAGCACAUAAUGUGGAAUAUUGGAAAAAUUGUUUUCGAGAUCCUGCAUUUCGAUGCGAAGAACAUACAUGUCAUCCUGGACAAGGUGAAGCAAGAUUGAAUUGUGGUGACGGACAGUGUGUCUAUGACUUGAGUAAAUGUACAAAUCAGCGUGGUUUGUCAAUCCAGUUCUAUGAUAACCAAGAAAAACAACGAUGUCUCUGUCCACCGAGUUAUUACGGCCAUUCAUGUCAAUAUCAAAAUCAACGAGUUAGUCUCACAUUAAAAAUUGUCAAUGAUGCUGAUUGGCGAACAGUAUUCAAUAUCGUCACUAUGUUAAUCGAUAAUGAAGGUACAAUUCAAUCACAUGAUCAAAUACUUUAUGUACAAAAGUUUGAUUGUAAUCUAGUUAAUUUCAACAUUUAUCUUCUCUAUCGUUCACGACCAAAGGAUACUAUGAAGAAUUACAGUAUUCAAAUACAUGUUUAUGAUAAGCAAACGUUAGAAUAUCGUGGUAGUUGGUUAUUUCCUUUGGUAUAUACAUUUCUUCCCGUUCAUCGUAUGGCAAUCGAAAUAACUAUUUCAUCCUAUCGACCAUUACGAUGUUCAUUUGCAUGUAAUUAUCACGGUGAAUGCGUCAAAUAUAUUAAUCACAAUGAUGAAAAUUCAUUAUAUUACUGUCGAUGUGAUCCUGGAUGGUCGGGUAAAGAUUGUACAAUUAAACAUGAUACAUGCAAUCUUUGUGCUCGUGAUUCAUUGUGUAUGUAUCAAAAUAUUUGUGUUUGUCCUCUUGGUAAAGAGGGAUCUCGAUGUUAUCUUAAAUCGACUACAUGUUCAUCAUCAUUACACCGUUGUCAAAAUGGUGGUUUAUGUAUACCAUCGGAUAUGCGUCGAAGAAAAAAUAAUAUCUAUUGUUUAUGUCCAGAAGGCUUUUCCAAUCAAAUAUGUAGCAAAUUAGACCUAAAAGUUCGAGUAGAAUUUCAUUCAAAUAUUGAAACUCCACAAUCGAUUAUUAUUUAUUUAAUUCAACAUACGAUAAUGACGACUAAUAAACCUGUUUCAAUAUAUAAGAAGAUUCCCUUUGAUCAAAAUUCAAUUAGUUUUUAUACACCAAAUCGUUUCUUUCUAGCAUUCAUGGCACUAUCUAUGAAUGAAUACUAUUUGACCUAUACAAUUCAUGACAAUAAUUCAUUGAUGAAUGAAAACAAUCGAAGAACAAUUUUAAUGAGAGUUCAAUCAGAUCGACGUUGUCGACACGUUCGUGAAUUACUGAAUAGAACAUUAAUCUCUCUUCAUCUUCUUCGACGUAUUAAAUAUUAUCAAUUACCAUGUAAACAACAAUGGAAUUUAGCUUGUUUUUAUGAUGAAAAAUAUAUGUGUUAUUGUACAAAUAGAAAUGAAAGUCGCGAAGCCCAAUGUUUCACAAUUGGUCACAAUGAAAUGAAUUCAUGUCAAGGAAUGAGUAAUGGUGGUUGUCUUAAUGGAGCUCGAUGUUUUCAGGAUCAAUUAAUCUGUCCGACAAUGGUUACGUGUGUUUGUGCAGAAUGUUUUUAUGGAACACAUUGUCAAUUUACUACGCAAGGCUUUGGUCUUUCACUCGAUGCUAUCCUUGGCUAUCACAUUCAAUCAAAUGUUCCGUUUCUACGGCAACCACUAGUUAUUAAAGUGAGUGCCUUGUUAGUAACAAUCAUGGUAAUAAUUGGUCUAUUAGGAAAUCUUCUCUCAAUAUUGACUUUUCAUUCGAAAACUAUAUGUGAAGUUGGCUGUGGUUUGUAUUUAUUUGCUAAUGCAAUUAUUUCUCUUCUUACGAUCGUCUUCUUAAUGGCUAAAUUCUCGUUACUUGUUCUUUCACAAAUGACAAUCAUUGUUCAACGAUCAUUUCUUAUAUUCAAUUGUCGUUCAAUGGAUUUUAUUCUAGGUGCUUGCUUGAGUAUGGGUGAUUGGCUCAGUGGAUGUGUAGCAAUCGAACGAGCUUUUGUAACAUACAAAAGAACUUCUUUCAAUAAAACUAAAAGUCGAAAAAUAGCUAGAUGGAUAAUUCUAGUUGUUUGCUCUGUUACAUUAUUGACACGUAUAUAUGAUCCAAUUCAUCGCAAUCUACUAGAUGAUAAUGAAGAACAACGAAUAUGGUGCAUGAUUACAUACAAUAGUUUCUAUCAAAUGUUGAAUUCAACUAUAACUAUGUUUCAUUUCACUGUACCGUUUGCAAUUAAUUUGAUUUCGGCCCUUUUCAUUAUAUUCAUGGUUGCUCGACAAAGAGCAUUUGUUCAUAAAGAACAAACAUAUAAACAACAUAUUCUUCAACAAUUUCGUCGACAUCAACAUAUUAUAAUUUCUCCUUGUAUUUUGACUGCACUGGCAAUAUCUCGUUUGAUUUUUUCAUUUUUACCUGGCUGUAUGAAUUCGCCUCGUAAUCCUUGGCUUUUCUUUAUUGCAUAUAUUAUUUCAUUUAUGCCGUCAACUUUAAUGUUCGUCGUAUACAUAUUACCUUCGAAAAUUUACAGAGGCGAAUGUAGAAAUGUUCUUACUCAUAUUUCACAACGAUUAUAUUCGCGAUAA